AUCAUUCUCCUUCCUCAAAUUUGUAAAAAACCCAAAAUUUUUAUAUUGAAAACUUCAAUUUUCCUUCCUUAGAUUUUGUAACUUCUUGUUUCUCAAUUCCAUAAUUAAAGAUUUUUCCAUCCAAAUUAGAAAAUAAAAAAAAAAAAAAUCUCUACUUUGCUUAGAUUCUGCUCUGCAAACUUUGAAUCUUGUACUGAAGCUCGUGUCUUUUUCUUCAUCGCCAGAUCUGGGUUUGAGAAAAAAACCCUGGUCUGGGUUUGAGAAAAUCAUCUAAUUCCAUGAGACAACCUGCACAUUACAUGAGACAAGGGAGGGAAUAUGAGAAAAGGCUCUAGAAUAUUCAUACUACAGUCCCCUGCCUUGCACCCGAGCCUUGCUCCUGCGCUUGACCGUGCCUUCUGCUCCCAGAUAUCUCCUCUGCGCCCAGACUUCGUGCAAUCAUGCCCUGUAUGCCGGAGCCAUCAUACCCCCCUUCACCCCUCUGCUGCACCGAGCCCUGCCCUUGCCGCCCAGCCUUGCUUCCUGCACCAGCCUUGCUCUACGCCCAAUUCCAUUGCCCCUGCCUUCUGCACACUACAUCCAUACAAAAAAAAACAGCCAAUACCGGACAAAAUUGGCAUCAUUGAUUGACAGAGCAAGGCCCCUCUUUUUUGUGGUUGCAUUUUUAUUUUGUCAUUUUGGGUGUAUAUAUAGAGCAAAAGGCAGAGGUAAUUUUCUAAACAGAGGGAUUUUUUUUUUGGGAAAGGUAGUGAUGGAGACGAAUGGAGUGUGAUCCCGUGGGUGGGAUCCCUUCUUCUAAUCCUGAUCUGUCUUCUCCAAAAAUUCCCGCCUUGUUCGUUUCAAUUUUUUUCAAAUCUUGAUGUAUUGGAGUUGUGUUGGAUGAUGAUAUUAUGAAUAGAAUCAAGCAUUAUAU